UCUCUACUUAUAUUAGUUAUAAAUAACUCUUUCAAAGAAUAUUGUUGAGAUCGAUCGGAAUUAAUUAAGCGAUGGUGAGAACACCUUGCCGCGACGAAAAUGGUCGUAAAAAGGGUACUUGGACUCCUGAAGAAGACAGAAAAUUAGCUGCUUAUAUUACUAAAUAUGGAUCAUGGAAUUGGCGACAACUUCCCAAGUAUGCUGGCUUAGCAAGGUGUGGGAAGAGCUGUAGACUUCGAUGGAUGAAUUACUUAAGCCCAAAUGUUAAAAGAGGAAAUUAUACCAAAGAAGAAGAUGAAAUCAUCUUGAACCUCCAUGCUCAACUUGGAAAUAAGUGGUCAGCGAUUGCAGUUCACUUGCCAGGAAGAUCAGACAACGAGAUAAAGAAUCAUUGGCACACAGCACUGAAGAAGCGAACUAAUUAUAACUUGAGUGAAGGAAGUAAGAAAUGCAAUAAUAAGAAGAGUGAAAGUAAUAUUACUAAAAGAAAGAGUAAUGUGGAAAAUCAAAAUGCAAGUGCUAAUAAUAAUAUGCAUGAAAAUAUAGUAUUGGAAAGUUCAGAAUGGUCACCAAAGGAGUCAUCAAGUGAAGAAUUAUCCUCUAUUGACUAUCAACAAGAUAUUUUUCAAGAAGAAUUAGCUAUUUUGGAGGAAAUUACUAGUGGAAGUUUUUGGACAGAACCAUUUGAAAUGGAUAGUAAAAUUGAUUUUGUAGCUCCUUCAAUUGAUUAUUGUGGACUUGUCUGUCCACCUUCUCCUUUUAUACCUCAUGAAUUCUUUGACUUUGAUGAUUGUAAUAAUUAUUGGUAAAGAAAUAGAAUUCAAAAGAAGUACCUAAUGGUUCAUCCCAAUACAUUUGACUUUAUCGAUGAAUUACAUUAGAUAUAUUAUUUUUAUCGUUGAAGAUGAGUGUACUCAUGUGAAUCUAUACUUGUACUUUACAACAUUUUAUAUGAAAUCAAGAGUAAAUACUACAUAGCACUUUUGGUA